GCUGGUCAUCGUUUCAGCAAAGCAGGACAGAGGAGGCAUGCACUUCGAUGUUACUGCCAAGCCAUGCAGGUGUAUAAGGAAAGGGGCUGGUCUUUAGCAGAGGACCAUAUCAACUUCACAAUUGGUCGACAGUCCUUCACACUUCGCCAACCAGAGAAUGCUAUAAUAGCCUUCAGACAGAUCCUGACCAAUGACAGCAGGCAGACGGCCACACAGCAGGGCGCCUUUCUCAGAGAGUAUCUCUAUGUCUACAAGAGUGUGACAGGGGGAAAUGAAGUCAGCCUCCCCCAGCUGCCUCUGCCCUACAUCCACAGCUCAGCCACAAGGGUCUACUUUGGACAUGAACGCUGCCUUGCAGAAGGGGAAAAGCAGGCAGCAACUCAUGUGUCCCUAGACCAGGAAUAUGACCAGGAUUUGGCAGCUGUGUGGUGCCACUAGAGGAGCAGCUUGUGGCU